AUGGGAGCCCAAGGACUCACAGGCCGUGGGCCGGCGCCAGUGCCCAGCUGGCUGAUUUUCGUCAAGGAUGCGAUCAUACUCUUGUCUGUGAUCAUUCUAGCCCUGUCUGCUUACGCAAUCUCGCUUUAUGGGAGCUAUUACUCAUACUACUACUCGAGUGGAGUACCGGGUUACUUGAUCUUCCUGGUAAUCAAGACCUGGAUCAUCUACGGAAUCGCUAUCGCCCUCGAACUCAAGGCCCAGAACUACUUCUUCCGAAUCGUCGUCCUGAUCGCAUAUGUCCUGAGCGUCAUCUUCUGGCUUUCUGGCUGGGCAUGGAGUGCUUCUUGGGCUGCCACCAUAUUAUCAUACACGGCCUACGAGGUUGAUGGAGUCUACAAGACUUUCGGCUCUGUUAUGGCUGCUUGCGCCGGACUUGGUGCGAUUCUCUGGAUCUUGACGAUCGUGAACCUGGUCUUCUUCAUCAUGGCCUGUCUUCAGAACCAGGACUCGGCGCAAAACGUCGAGCUUGAUCAGCCUGUGAAGCAGGACCAGACUCAAGUAUCUCCGGAACAGCAGCAGUAUACUCAGCCGGGAUACCCUCAGCAACAACCAAGCCAGCCGCAACAAGCCUAUCCUUAG